GAAAACUACACAGCUAGCUAGCUUCUGCAGUAUUCCCACCCAUGUCCAGCUAGUUGAAUGCGCCUCUUGUCUUUGUCUUGCAAUUGUACUAUCAGCGAGUCUUCAUUUAUUAGCCUAGUUUCCUACCGUUGUAUUUCUUCUAGCUAUAUACGUUAGAGGAAGAUGGGCACCAGAGACGAUGAAUACGAUUACUUGUUUAAAGUGGUGCUGAUUGGAGACUCGGGUGUGGGAAAGAGUAACCUGCUCUCGCGUUUCACACGGAACGAGUUUAACCUGGAGAGCAAGAGCACCAUCGGUGUGGAGUUUGCCACCCGCAGCAUCCAGGUGGAUGGGAAGACUGUGAAGGCCCAGAUCUGGGACACCGCUGGGCAGGAGCGCUACAGAGCCAUUACCUCGGCGUACUAUCGGGGAGCGGUUGGGGCACUGCUGGUGUAUGACAUCGCCAAGCACCUGACCUAUGAGAACGUGGAGCGCUGGCUGAAGGAGCUGCGGGAUCACGCCGACAGCAACAUCGUCAUCAUGCUGGUGGGCAACAAGAGCGACCUGCGCCACCUGAGGGCCGUGCCCACCGACGAGGCCCGCGCAUUCGCAGAGAAGAACGGUUUGUCCUUCCUUGAAACUUCAGCCUUGGAUUCCACCAACGUGGAGACGGCCUUCCAGACCAUCUUGUCAGAAAUCUACCACAUCGUGUCGCAGAAGCAGAUGUCCGAUCGCCGGGAAAACGAUAUGUCUCCUAGCAACAAUGUGGUGUCAAUCCAAGUGCAGCCCACUGAAAACAAAGCGAAGAUGCAGUGCUGUCAAAGCAUCUAGCCUUCCCCCUUGCACCUGCUAACCACACCCCUUCCCCUACUAGCCCCACCCCCACCCACCCCCUGCCCCGCCCCGCCCCGCCCCUCUCUUUUAAAAGACUUUGGCAGCACUGGGAUGCAGACGCAGGCUCGAACCCGGACGUGGCCUGCGUCCGGAGCCUGUGACCGCCCACUGUCUGGGCUGACGUAAGCCCUCCUGACGUCGCCUCGCUCCAGUAAUUAGACAUGCAGAUCUUCACAGAAACAACUGUCUUAAUACCUUAUCUGUGAAUACUUUUUUUUGGCCAAUGUUUUGUUUACAUUGUGCGGUUUGUCUGUUCGGCAUUGUCGUGACGUGAGUAUUUCCCUAGAUGCUCCCUACAUUGUGAUCAGUUUUGGUGAUGGUGUGGUGAAUUUUUCGACUGAGAGAUAUGAGUGUGUUAUAGUGGAAUGUCCACACAGACGCAGGGGAGGAGCGUAAGCACUCUGCUAUAUUUGAAUGUCCACAGAGAGAGAGGUCAGUACUGUGUGUUAAUAUUAAACGUAGAGCGAGGUCAGUGCUGUGUGUUAAUGCUAAAUGUACAGAGAGAGGUCAGUACUGUGUGUCAAUGCUAAAUGUACAGAAAGAGGUUUGUGCUGUGUGUUAAUAUUAAACGUGCAGAGAGAGAAGGUGGUGCAGUGUGUUGGUCAGGUACUAUCCGCACAGUCUGAAUGAGCAUUUAGAACUGCGUGUUGUGGAGAGUAAUAUUUCACUCCCUCGCAAUUCUACCGAGGUGCAAGAAAAAAUAACAAACAGCUGGUUAUCACCAUAUCAACCACUCUUAGGAAUGGAGAUUAAAAAACAUCUAUACGGUUUAAGAACUUAAAGCCAAAUGUAUUGGCUCUUUUGAAGGCUUGCUUUUAAAGUGCUUUGGCUUUCUGUUCGUAAUUUUUAAAAAACUAUUUACAAUAUUUACUUUGUUUUCAAAGAGUGGCUGAAUUCCUUAUAUCCAAAAGUGAGUAUCUCAACGGAGGGGGAGGUAAAUGCUGUGUGUUGAGGGAGAGGGAUCAGUGCUUCAGCAUGUCAUUUCAACAGCUCCAUUUCCUCCUCGUUGUGUGCGCAUAAUUGCAUGUUUUAGCUUGGGAACAGGAAAUGAGGGGAUCCAUUUUUAGCACUGAAAAGACUUCCAAGAUUGAAUAGAGUCUGUGUGCAACUGCAAUUAACACAGCAGUUUAACUGACAAAGAUUUGUAAUUGUUUUGCCUUCUAGCAUCGCCCAUGCAUUUCAGGCAGGUUCACUGUGCCUUUUUUUCCUGCAUGGUUUCACAUGGGAGUGUCUUCUCUUCCCGCUGAUGCACAAGCCACUAGACUUAUGAAUACCUCUGUAACCUUACGGAUGCAGUUGGACCCCCAAAACCACUUGAGUGCAAAGAUGACUGUGGAUAUCCCACUGCAACAAUUUUAUAGUUUGGGCUUGUGGUCUUCUUGCUUCUGGGACUUGUAGUCCUGUGACUGCAGACAGCAUUGUACACAAAAGCUCUUUCUUCAGCAAGGCCCUGAGAUUACUUGAGCUAUCCCACUGUAUGAACUGAGAUAUCCCACUGCUAGCAUUUUUAGCCCUCUCACAGCUUGGGCUUGUGGUUGUUUCACUCCUGGGACUUCUAGUCCUUUCAUUGCAGAUGGUGUAGGGUGCAGAGGCUCUUCCUUCAGUAGGGCCCUAUAACUAUUUCACGUCUUGACAGCUAUAGCCAUCCCGCUGUUGGGACUUGUAGUCCUCGGCCUGCAGACAGUAUAUGACACAGGAGCCAUUCCUUGUGCUUUGCCCACCUCCCUGUGCAGAGCAGAGGAAGAAAUGUUUGGAUAGCAGCUCUCCUUGAGCAGGGUCUUCAUUACAGAGCCCUUGGGACACUGAGCACAGCAUUUUAGGGGCAUUCCAUGGUAAAAGUACCCUCUACGAGGAACCGAACACCACAGCGUGCCCUGUGUAUACUCUGCAGGGAAAUACGUGCACUGAGAGCAUGACAUCAAGAGAGCUGUGUAACAAUGCCAGCUUUAUUAAGAUGACCACUACAUUUUCUUUUAUUCCAGUGGAGGAAGGGCGUCAUUACCUUAGAAGGCCCCAGGAACACGAAGCCAGUUGUUCUCUAGCGGUCUGAGCCGGGAAUUCGGUUAAAAGACGUAAACACCUUAGCCGAGCAAGCAGAGGCUAUUUAUUCGUCAGCGCUAAAUCUGUUUACUGCAGGAGAGCCUUGUCUAGUGCAGCAUUCUGGUCUGUUCUCAUCGGGCUGACUUCCCAGAUGCCAAAUUAAUAGCAUAAAAGACUGAGCAGUGUCCAGACUGUACUGGGUGGAGUCUCUGUGCAGGCUGCAGCCCCUGUGCCAGUCAGAGAGGACCUUUCUGAGAUAGUGAGAGCUCAGGUCCUUGUUUCCCAUUGGAUGAACAGACUGGACACACCCACCCAAACCUAGGCAUUGAUUACUCAUGAGGACAAUGGUUCCCAAACUAUCAGAGGGGAUGAGGCAGGUCACAAAAUGUAAAGAAAUAACUGUAUAUAAUAGACCAGUGGUCCUCAACCCUGGUUCUGGAGAGCUGUAGCGUGUGUUGGUAUUUGUUAUUUUUUAGAACUUGAUUGGUCUGUUGGAGCUGUGGAUUAGUACUCUCCUCUCAUUGUUCUUGGGUCUGAUCUGGUUAUGGAAUUGAAGAUGAGAAUGAAAAUCAACAGACCCUGUGACCCUCCAGGGCCAGGGUUGGGGACCACUGCUAUAUUGUUUUCAUAGAUUUUCGUACUGGCUAGGUUAUAUUCAGUACUGGUUAUAGUUGUUGCACUAGUUUUAAUGUACAAUCGGUUGUUCUGACGCUUGAAACAUUUCAAUCUCAUAUUUGAACUAACAUUAUGCUGCAUUUUAAAAAGGGGUGUGGUCACAGACAGUAUAUUCACUCAUUCAGUAGGUCAUGGCAUUUGAAAGUUUGGAGACCGCUGGCUUGAAGUGUUAUUAAAUUAAAGUAAAUUGAGUACAUUUAUUUACAUUUAUCAUUGAUUAAAGGAUAAUUUAAAGUAUAUUCCAUCACUGGGUGUGGCUGGGUUUGGUGAAAUGUAGGUUGUAAGUGUAGGCAGGGUCCCUUACCUGUGAGGGUGUGGCAAGAGGGUGAGGUUUCUGGGUAAGAUGUCCCAGCAAUGACAGGGGGAGUGAAACUUUAUGAACCCCAGAAAACUGGGCUGGAUUUGUUGCUCCAACAAAUCUAAAUCGAUGGCAACGGAGAAGCGGCAUCAGUUGAGUGGUUAAUAUGAGUCUGAGAUUCGCUUUCAAUGAAUUGGUCGUAUUUAUACCCUUUGGAACAGUUUAAACAAGCUUACAAAGAUGAUUGACAGAACAUUCACGCCCAUUAUCCCAUUUAAGAGGUUCAUGAAGCGUCACUCCCCCUAUCAUUAUGCUGGACCGCAGGUCCGUGGCAGGCGGUGCCAAUGAUGAGAGCCACCAGAGGGCGCUGUCCUGGCCAUUGCUCAAGCUUUUAUUUCCAUUGUUCAAGCUUUCCUUUCCUACGGUAUGACAGUGGCCUUGUCAAUAUCCUCUUUCCAAGUGACCUCUUUUGUUUUCAGUGUGUUUAAGUGUACUGUAUCUACUGUGAUUUCUGUCUGUUUUUGUGUGUGUGUGUGUGUGUGUUUUUUUAAGUUCAUUCCAUCCACUGAAUUCUUGUUGAAAAGUGCAAAUAAAAUAAACAUUACCAUUCAGUUGA